AUGGACCUUCGGCCAUCUUCUGUUGAUACAUUCUUGGCACACCACAAUCAUCAUCAUCAUCGCCUUCAUCAGCACGAUUCGUCAAGGUGGUCAUCCAGAGAAGAUCUAUUGAACGGAUCAGGCAGCGAAAAUGAUUCCUUAUUUGUUGCUCUAUAUGAUUUCCACGGUGUUGGAGAAGAGCAACUUUCACUUAAAAGAGGUGAUCAGAUACGGGUGGUUGGACAUAAUAAAGCUGGUGAGUGGUGUGAGGCACAGUUGGUGAAUACCCGACAUGAAAAUUCGAGACGUACUGGUUGCAUUGGUUGGGUUCCUUCGUCCUACAUUGCACCAUCUAAUUCAUUGGAAAAGCAUUCUUGGUACCAUGGGAAGGUAAGCCGAAGCGAAAGUGAAUAUCUGUUAAGUUCCGGCAUUAACGGUAGCUUUUUGGUUCGUGAAUCGGAAACCAGCAUCGGACAGUUUUCAAUUUCGGUACGACAUGAUGGUCGUGUUUAUCACUAUCGGAUUUCAGUGGAUCGUAACGAUUGGUUGUAUAUAACCCAAGAAAGUAAAUUCAAAACGCUGGGCGAAUUGGUCCAUCAUCAUAGUCUUCAUGGAGACGGCCUUAUUUGUACAUUACUAUAUCCGGCACCCAAGAAGGAGCGACCACCGAUGGUAUUUUCAUUAUCGCCAACCCAACCCGAUGAAUGGGAAGUGGAAAGAUCUGAAAUUGUCAUGAGAAGUAAGCUCGGAGGUGGACAAUAUGGCGAUGUUUAUGAGGGUUAUUGGAAAAAACAUGAAAAAGUAGUUGCCGUGAAAACUUUGAAAGAAGAGGCAAUGGCAUUACAUGAUUUUUUGGCGGAAGCAGCAAUUAUGAAAGAUUUACACCAUCCAAAUUUGGUGCAGUUGAUGGGAGUAUGUACUCGUGAGCCGCCAUUUUAUAUUAUUACUGAAUAUAUGAAUAGAGGAAAUUUGCUCGAUUAUCUCAGAAAGUGCGACAAGAAACUAUCACCAACAGUGCUAAUGUACAUGGCUACGCAGAUUGCAUCUGGAAUGGCUUAUCUUGAAUCACGCAAUUUCAUCCAUCGCGAUUUGGCUGCACGAAACUGUUUGGUAGCCGAAGAAAAUGUUGUCAAAGUUGCUGAUUUUGGUCUUGCACGAUUUAUGAGGGAAGAUACAUAUACGGCUCAUGCUGGAGCAAAAUUCCCGAUCAAAUGGACUGCACCAGAAGGUCUUGCUUACAAUACAUUCAGUACAAAAAGCGAUGUUUGGGCAUUUGGUGUUCUAUUAUGGGAAAUCGCUACCUAUGGGAUGAGUCCAUAUCCAGGUGUCGAGUUGAACAGUGUUUACGGAUUACUGGAAAAAGGCUUUCGAAUGGAUGCUCCAGAAGGUUGUCCUCCAUCAGUUUAUCGAUUGAUGUUACAAUGCUGGAAUUGGUCACCUAGUGAUCGGCCACGUUUCCAAGAAAUUCAUGCCAACUUGGAAUCACUUUUUCCGCAAUCCAAUAUUGAUGAAGAGGUUGACAAACAGCUUGAACGUUCACGUACAUCAUUACGUCAUCAUGGUUCAUCAUCUCAUCGCAUUGCGAUAGGCAAUGAUUGCAUCAGUAUUCCUUCAAGCAUCGUACCUGUUGCAUCACCACGUAUCUCAGGUAUCCAUAGCGGUAGUGUUGAAAAUAGUGGUGGUACGGUUGCUGCGGUUCCAGCAAUUUGCUCCUCAUCAGCCAGUGCGCCGUUGCCACCACCAACUAUCGAAUUCCCGCCCCCACCGCCACGGAACCAGGAUAGUUACGUCGGUAGUAUCUCAUCAAGUUCUUCUACAGCUAUCCAAUGCACUAGUGCACGUGACAUUCGGGAUGCGGCUAGGAUGAAGACAACUCAGCGUAAUUUGCCGUUACCAAUUCCACCAUCGUCCGCAAAGCCAAAGUUGCAAAAAUUAGAUAGUACACCAACGUCUGAUGUGUUGAUUUCACCGUUGGCAGAGAAAAAUUUACGUAAGGCUGUCAGUAGAUUUGGUACCAUGCCGAAAAAUGCUCGAAUUGAUGCGUAUUUGGAAUCGAUGUCAUUGCAGGAAGACACUGACUACUCACCCACUGGUGAGUAUAGUGCUGGCCUAUCGGAUGAUUCCCUGGAUGCUAUUCCAGUUUCUUACAAUAGUUGCUUUAAUAGGAAUUCAUCUGAUGCUAUGAGUGAAAGUGUUAAUUUUGGCCAAAAUGAGUUGCUACAACAAUUAAAACAACGUUUGAAAAAAACAAAAUCAGAAUCGCCGGUAACUAUCGCUUCUCGCUUUUCCGAUGUUAGCAGCAUGACAAGUAUAGCGGAAAGAGUGGAACCAUCGGUAGCAGUUAUUGCGAAAACCGAUUCGAAAUUGAAGAAGCUGGGUGUUGUACCAAAACAGUCGGAGGAGCAAUGGUCACAGAGAAAAAAGACAGCAGCCAUACGAUCACUAAAAUCCAAAGACUUACCGCGUGAGAUUGUUGCUGGUAGUGUUGAAACUAUAGCUACAAAUAGUGCCAAGUCAAAAGAUGUUCGAGCUCAAGAUGUCGGAGAAAAUGAGCUGCGAGCACGAAUACGUCAGCUACGGCAUGUGGAAAAGCGAAACCCAACUGAAAAACAACAGAACCGGAGUGGCGAACAUUGUGAACCGGUUAAUAUCGAAACAGCACGGGUACGUACGUUGAUAACACAAAAAGUUGCACCAUUACAACAUCAUCGUCCGUUUUCGAUGCAACCAGAUGCUCAAAGUAGUGAGUCUUCCGAUGAUGAUUCCAGCAAAGCAGUUAUAAUUCAGCCGGAACGAGUGGAAAAAGAACCUUUGGCGCAAGGACCGGCUGCUAAACUACAUCCCAGAGCUUAUGCCACACUACAAAGAUCAAUCAAAAUAAGUUUUUCCUGA